GCGGCCGCCGCGGCGCGCCCCUCCCCUCCGCUCCCCUGCCCGGUCUGGCCGGCCCCUUCCCGCUGCCGCCUCCGGAGGAGCCGGUCCGCCGCGGGUCACCAUGCCCAGCAAAACCAAGUACAACCUUGUGGACGAUGGGCACGACCUGCGGAUCCCCUUGCACAACGAAGACGCCUUCCAGCACGGCAUCUGCUUCGAGGCCAAGUACGUCGGAAGCCUGGAUGUGCCGAGGCCCAACAGCAGAGUGGAGAUCGUGGCUGCCAUGCGCCGGAUACGGUAUGAGUUUAAAGCCAAGAACAUCAAGAAGAAGAAGGUGAGCAUUAUGGUUUCAGUGGAUGGCGUGAAAGUGAUCCUGAAGAAGAAGAAAAAGCUUCUUUUAUUGCAGAAAAAGGAGUGGACGUGGGAUGAGACCAAGAUGCUGGUGAUGCAGGACCCUAUCUACCGGAUCUUCUACGUCUCCCAUGAUUCCCAAGACCUGAAGAUCUUCAGCUAUAUCGCCCGCGACGGUGCCAGCAAUAUCUUCAGGUGUAACGUCUUUAAAUCCAAGAAGAAGAGCCAAGCCAUGCGAAUCGUGCGGACUGUCGGGCAAGCCUUCGAGGUCUGCCACAAGCUGAGCCUCCAGCACACGCACCAGAACGCAGACGGCCAGGAAGACGGCGACGGCGAGAGGGACAGCAGCAGCUCGGGGGACCCAGGCCGCCAGCUCACUGGAGCCGAGAGGGCCUCCACGGCCACUGCAGAGGAGACGGACAUCGACGCGGUGGAGACCCCGCUCCAAGGGAAUGACGUCCUGGAGUUCAGCCGAGGUGUGACCGACCUUGAUGCCGUAGGGAAGGAAGGAGGCUCCCAUGAAGACCCCAAGGCUUCCCCCCGCCCCCAGGAGCCCAUGCUGGCAGCCUCGCCCAGGAUGCUCCUCCCCUCCUGCUCCUCGAAGCCCCCGGGCCUGGGUCCGGGGACGCCACUGUCCACCCACCACCAGUUGCAGCUCCUCCAGCAGCUCCUCCAGCAGCAGCAGAUGCAGACGCAAGUGGCCGCGGCCCAGGUUCACUUGCUGAAGGACCAGCUCGCUGCCGAAGCCGCCGCGCGGCUGGAGGCCCAGGCUCGCGUGCACCAGCUCCUGCUCCAGAACAAGGACAUGCUCCAGCACAUCUCGCUGCUCGUCAAGCAGGUGCAGGAGCUGGAGCUGAAGCUCUCGGGACAGAACGCCAUGGGCUCCCAGGACAGCUUGCUGGAGAUCACCUUCCGCUCCGGAGGCCUGCCGGUGCUCUGCGACCCCACCACCCCGCAGCCGGAGGACCUGCCCUCGCCGCCCCCGGGCACGGGCCUGGCCGAGCUGGCGCACCCCGCCGGCAGCCCCCUAGUGGACCACAGCAUGUUCGAGAACUUGAACACGGCCCUUCCUCCGAAGCUGCAGCCCGGCUGCCCCCUCCCCCACCUGUCCAGGCUGGCGGCCCCCGGCCCGGGGUCUGCGGAGUCUGGGGGGCCGGGGCUCCGCGUGGGUAGCAGCCAGCACCUCAAGAACCUGGGCAGAGCUGUGGGGGCCAAAGUUAAUGACUUCCUGCGGAGAAAGGAGUCCUCGAGCCUGGACGGUGCGGGCGCCAUGGAGAUCAACAGGACGGCGGGGGCGCGGCUGGACGGCGGGGCCGCAGAGGCCGACGGGCCGGCCCUGCAGGACGCAAUCCCUCGGCUGGCCCCUCCGCCUCCCAUUACCAGGAAGCGAACGCCUCGGGCCCUGAAGACCACGCAGGACAUGCUGAUCUCGUCGCAGCCCGUCCUGAGCAGUCUGGAGUACGGGACAGAGCCGCCCCCCGGGCAGCCCCAGGACCCCCUUCCCGCCGACCGGCCCGACGUCUCCAUGGAAAUGGCGGGUAGGGGCGAGGCUCUGCCCAACGGAGAGGUCUCCCUGUCGGUGCCUGACCUGAUCCACCAGGACAGCCAGGACGAACCCAAACUGAAGAUGACUGAGUGCAGACGGGCCUCCUCCCCCGGCCUCCUCGAGAGAAACGGCCUCAAGCUCAGCCUGAGCCCCGUGCGCCUGGCCGAGCCGCCGGACGACAGCGGCCCCCCUUCUCGGGCUCGGACCUCCAGCCUCGACAAUGAGGGCCCGCACCCAGACCUGCUGUCCUUUGAGUAGGGUCCCUACUCCCUGCCAGGCUCCCCCUUCCCCUCUGCCACCUCCGUUCCUGGUGCCCCCUGGCCCUUGGCCCAGCUCCGCGUCCCCUUGGCCCCUUUGUGCAGAGAUCAGCACUGAUCCCCUCGCGUGGGGCGUGCGGGACCAGGCCCCUGAGUCGUCCUAGUUAAAGGCUCCGUCUGCCGGAUGCUAAAGCGCCAGGCUGCCGCGUGGGGGGCCUGGGGCAUCUCUGCUCCCGGGCAGCCGGGACUUCCCACUGGCCUGCAGGGCCAGCGGCCGGGAUGAAGGAUCGUGCAGGAAUUCCCUGCACUCCCCCCCCGCCCCCCCAUCCUCCCCCUCCGCGCCCUGGUUCGUUUCUUCCGCCUCUGGAGGGGGGCCUCUGGCCGAAUGGGGAAUGGAUGGGUUUGGCUCCGAUGGGCCCAGGCCUGGAACGCCACACACCUUACCCCUCCUGCACCCCUUUGGGUGCAGGCCAGAGGAUGCACUUAACCAGGCCUGGGGCCUGGGCGCAGCCGUGUGGCCAGGGGUUCUCAGGGCGUUUUCCACCUGCCCAGUUGGGGAGCACGCCAGGCCCCCCGGGGCUGAGCGCUGAGGAGGUGCUGGGGAAGGUGAUGUGACCGGCCACUCCCCGUGCACAGAGGGAAAGGCCGGGCCCCCUUGCCCUCUGUGAGGACAGGGCGCAGCAGGCCCCAUCGGGGCAGAUUAGCAUCUUGCUUUGGGGGAGGGCCUGGGAACUCAGCCUCCAGAGAACCCAGAGCAGAAGUCACGGAGAAGUCAGGGUGAGGACAGAGCGGCUUUCCAGGGAGCACCCCGCACCCCGCAGCCGGAAGUGACACGGCUCUAGGCUCUGGGUGCCUGCGUGCAAGAGCCACGGUGAUGAGGGAGACUGGGAUGCAGGAGCCCGGCCAGCUGACCCUUCCGCCCUGCAGGGGCUGCUUGGUUCUGCCUGUUGCCUGGGUCUCCCUGCAGGGGCCUCCGCCUGCCUCCCCUUGUCCUGAGGCCACACAGUCCUCUGCGUCCCUGUCCCUGCCCCUGCCUUUGGGAUCCCCGUGGGGCACUGACACACCCCCAUGCGAAACAUCCAAGCUAAGUCCUGUAGACCUGGGAGCCUGGUGGGGGGGGGGAGGGGGCCCUCCCCCCGCCCCCCUGCAGCGGCCACGGCCUUGCCACAGCCUUCCCACCCCACCUUCCGUUGCUCCGGACAGCGAGGCCUCACUGCGUGCUCACACGGAAGCCCGGUCUCCCCCACGAGGGGCUGCGUGUGCCGGGGCCCCCCCCGCGGGCCAUGGUGCAGCGGGCAGUGACUGAAGGUCUAGACCCCGCCUUGACUCCAAGAACAUCACGACCACGUGCUGCCGGACCCCGAGGCUCAGAAGUUCUCAGGACCAGCCUUUGGAAGCCUGUGAGUUUCCCCAGAAUGGCUGGAGUUUUGCACAAGACACAGAGCGGAAACACGUGUGCAGGGAGCCUCUGACCGGAAGCUCGGUUUGAGGGAAACCUGCCAGCCCUUGUGCCCUGGGGCUCCUACCCUGGUGAUGGGGGGUGGGGGGGGGCAGGUGAUGGCAGCCGUGUGCGCAGAGAGGUUGCAGGCCCCGGGCUGGCUCAAGCCCCUUGCUCAGCACGCCACGGCCGGCCACUGCUGAGGUCCUGGCCCUCAGGUUCAGGGAUAGCAGGGAGCCCUAUCGGGUUGUCCCGGGCGUGGCCAGAAUGACCGCGGAGCUCUCGAGGCUCCAGGCUGCAACCUCUCUAUGAUCUCUACCCUGGCCAUCGUCCGGCCGAGGCAAUGCCACCUGGGGUAGGGGGGCUUGAGCCUGAAACCCCACCCGAGAUGCUGCAGACACCCCCCGGUGCUAGGGGCCAGGAGCCACCCCCAGACAGCAGCAGCGACCACUUCUAAUCCUGCUGAGGGUCUUGGCGAAGACCGGUUCUCUGUUCAAAGCCCCACUUGGCUUCCCAUGUCUGUCUCGACAGCCUGACCUUCCUGUGGUCACAGCGGGUCACCCAACCCCCCCUCACCUCCCCCCCACACACACACCCAGCUUCUCUGGGAGCUUGGCCCUUGGGUGGCCCAGUCUACACAAGGGCAGAAGAACAAGAGUGAAGGACUCACUUCUGUGUCUGCAUAAGGAAGUUGGGGGCCCGGAGCCUUUUCUCUCCCCAUUCCUCCCCCAGCCCCACUGUACCCCCAUAGUCAGCACGUAGCUUUCCCCUGGCAAAUCACAAGUGAGCUUCCAGAACCUGGCAGGUGGGUGGCACGUUCCCCGCACAGAGAGAAGCGUGUGUGUGUUCCGCGCGUGGACGGUCUGAAGACAGACACGCACAGCCUCCAUCGACUUCAAGAACAAAGAGGUUGGCCCCACUCUGGGAGAGGAAGAAGAUUGCAGAUCUAUUCUGAGUAUUUUCUAGAGAUUUUAUAUUUAUAUUUUUAGUAGUUUUCUGGUAGAAGGAAACUGCAGAAAUAAAAUGAUCUGGUUUGGU